AAGUGGCGCCGUUCUGUCCCCAGGAGAUUCUGGAGCGGCUGUUCCGGCUGUUCGACCAGGACCGCGACGGGCACCUCAGCCAGGACACAUGGAUCGAGUUCCUCAAGGAGCGCCUCACGCCACGAUCCUGUAACAUGGGAACCUGGUUCGGAAAAACGUAGUACAGAAUGAGUUUCAUUCGUGCGUUGUGCAUGUACUUGCUUGUAAAGCGAGAUGAAUAUGGGAUGAGAAACAGAUAGACUUCGCGGAACAAGUGGAGAGCGUCGCGUACGUGUUGUGCGGCGAGGAGAACAUCGACUUACCAAAGUUCUGCCAGAUCUUCCAAGCGAAAGGGGUGGUGGAUAAGCUGUUUCGCCUGGUUGACCAGGACUCCGACGGCAUCGUCACUCCAGAUCAAGUCAUGGAUUUCUUAGCAAAUAUUACCAACUCCAGGCCGCGCUCCGGCUUCGACAAGGGCAGCCUGGAGUGGCUGGAGCAGCUCUUCCGGCAGACGGUCGGCGACGAGCGCGAGAUCCGCAGAGAUGACUUCAAAAAGAUUGUCAUGUCUAAAAACCCAUUUUUCACCGAAAGAGUUUUCCAGAUUUUUGAUAAGGACAACUCUGGCUCCAUUUCUCUUCAAGAGUUUAUCGAUGCUAUGCAUCAGUUCGCCGGACAGUCCCCCGACGACAAAAUAAAAUUUCUCUUCAAAGUCUACGAUCUUGAUGGCGACGGCCUCAUCCAACACCGGGAGCUGCAGCACGUGAUGCGUGCGUGUAUGGAGGAGAACGGCAUGAAGUUCAGCGAGGAGCAGAUCGACGACCUGACGAUGGCGCUGUUCGAGGACGCGGACGCGGACAACCGCGGCGCCAUCACCUACGAGGCGCUCAAGAACCAGCUCGAGAAGCACGGCGGCCUGCUCGAGAACCUCUCCAUCAGUAUAGACCGGUGGCUGGUACCUCCGAAGCCCAAGGCAGCGCCCCGCUCUCUCUUCGGCAAGCUGGCUGCGCUGCGGCCCUACCAGCUGUCGCGGCCCUACAUGAAGAACAACUACGUCUACUUGAUCUUCCUCGCGGCUUUCGCAGUCGUCAACAUCGGCCUCUUCAUCUCCCGCUCCAUUCAGUACAGGGAGCACCACGGAUUUGUUAUUUUGGCCAGAGCAUGUGGGCAGUGCCUCAACUUCAAUUGCAUGUUCGUGUUGGUGUUGAUGUUGCGGCAGUGCAUCACGUUCCUUCGAACCCGCGGCUUCAGCAUGUUUCUACCCCUGGACCAGCACAUCUACUUCCAUAAGCUGACUGGUGUCCUGAUCUUCAUUUACAGCGUCGUCCAUACAAUUAUGCAUCUUCUCAAUUUCAGCUUGGUGGUGGUGAACGACCCCGUGGUGAACGCGAAGAACUUCUCGCUGUACGAGUGGCUGCUGACGGACCGGCCGCAGCUGUUCGGGCUGGUGCCGGGCUGCGCCAACCCCACGGGCGUCGCGCUCAUCUUCAUCCUCGUCGUCAUGUUCGUCUGCUCGCAGCCCUUCGUGCGGCGCGGCGGCUGCUUCGAGAUUUUCUACUGGACGCAUCUGCUGUACGUGCCGUUCUGGAUCCUGGUGAUCUUCCACGCCCCCAACUUCUGGAAGUGGUUCAUCUUCCCCGGGGUGGUGUACGUGCUAGAGCGCGUGCUGCGCCUGGCGUGGAUGCGGUCGGAGCGAGGCAAGACGUACAUCAGCUCGGGCUUGCUGCUGCCCUCCAAGGUGACGCACCUGGUCAUCAAGCGGCCGCACCACUUCGACUUCCACCCGGGCGACUACAUCUUCGUCAACAUCCCGGCCAUCGCCAAGUACGAGUGGCACCCGUUCACCAUCAGCAGCGCCCCGGAGCAGGAAGAUUACAUGUGGCUCCACAUUCGUGGCGUUGGUGAAUGGACGAAUAGGCUCUACAGUUACUUUGAAAGGGAGCAAGAGAAGCUACACAACGUUGAAGAAAGUCUGGCUGUGAAUUUGGUUACGAAGUCUCUUGUCAACGGAAACAAUGAAAAUCCUAAAGGAAUUAAGAAAAUACAGGCAUCGAUUAAGAAAAAGUUUGAAAAUGACAGUAACGGUAACAACAAAGUGAAAGCCAUUGCCUUCCGUAAGGGAGAAGGCUACAUAAAUGAAAGUUUCUCGGGUGAUAGUGACAUCAAUCUCAACACUCCCGUGCAACACUCUUCCGAGAGCGACUUGAGCCUCGUCGCCAGCGGCGGUCUCAACAACGACCGCAAGCUCCAGAUGCUCAUUAUGAACAAGAAGUCGCCUCUGUCCAAGUCUUUGUCAAUGCCGGAUAUGCAGACUCGAGUGAAGAAGCGGGAGAGGCUCCUAGUGCUGCGCGAGUACAUGCGCUCGGAAUCGGAGAAGAGCUUCGACGAGUGCCAGAUGCGGCGCGCGCGCCUCCAGUCGCUGGGGCUGGCCUACCUCAGCCCGCAGAACAAGUCGCUGGCGCAGAGCUUCCGCUACAUGCGCAACAAGCCCACCAUCAUCGCCUUCAAGACGCCCUCGCUCGAGGAGUGCGAGGCGCGCGCCUCGUCCGCCGCGCUAUCUCUCGGCGGCCUCAUGCGGCAGACCAGCGGCGGCGGCGCAGGUGGCGCCGCCAGCGGCGGUUCCUCGCCCGUCGACGGCCCGGCCGCCGCCGCCUGCUCCCCGGAGCGCGCCGCCGAGGAGGGCCGCUCGCCAGCGCUCUGCUCGCUGCCCAGCUCCAGCGGCCUCGAGGUCAAGCUGCACACGCCCAUGAACUACCCCGUCGGCAAGCCGCUCGAGACUAUUUCAGAAGAGAAUGUCAUAGACUUACCUACCGUACAACUUGGGGAAGGUACAGAGAUUUACUUAGAUGGACCUUAUGGAGCACCAUCCAGCCACAUCUUUAGAGCUCAACACGCAGUACUUAUUGCCACUGGAAUUGGUGUCACACCAUUUGCUUCCAUCCUGCAGUCAAUUAUGCACCGAUAUUGGAAGGCUAGACACUGCUGCCCAAAAUGCAAGUUUUCUUGGGCCAGUGAUAUUCCACCAACUGUCAUGAAUCUGAGAAAGGUGGACUUCUUUUGGAUCAACAGAGAUCAGCGAUCUUUUGAAUGGUUUGUGAAUCUCCUUUCUCAACUGGAAAUUGAGCAGGCAGAGCUUGGAGGAGCAAUGGAGCGGUUCCUGGAGAUGCACAUGUACAUAACCAGUGCUCUCCAGAAGACUGACAUGAAGGCAGUAGGCCUCCAACUUGCCCUAGACCUUCUCCAUGAAAAGGAGAAACGAGAUCUUAUCACAGGCUUGAAGACUCGAACCAAUGCUGGAAGACCUAACUGGGACAAAGUGUUCAAGCAAUUACUUGACCAGAAGAAAGGGAAGGUGACUGUAUUUUACUGUGGGCCACCCCAGUUGGGCAGAAUCCUACGAGUGAAAUGUGACCAAUUUGGUUUUAUGUUCCGGAAAGAAGUAUUUUAAAUAGGCUGUGCCAUUUAUAUAAACUUGAUGUUACCAUAAUAAAUGUGAUUUAUUUCUUUUGUGUACGCAUGUAGCCACUAGCAUGUACAAGUGAAGAUAACAAAGCAAAGACUCGUGAUGCAUAAAUAGUUACCGUCAUACCAGAGGGUGUGAAACUGCUUUUCUUCAAAGUAACAUGUUUCAAGAUUACCAUGUCAUCUUAUUUUUUAUAUCUCAUUGUAGAUAGUCUAAUUUGUAGGAAAUUUUCUGUAGAGACACUAGAGAUUUAUUCUAGUUCUGUCGUAUCGAAAGGGUCUUUUUAUAUUGCUAUGGCACAAUGCCAUGUAGUUUAUUUUAUGCUUUUUUUUCUUUCCAUUUUCAUUAACCCAUGUGUGAUUGAAUCAAACUUGGUGAGGGGACAUUUCAAGUCAACAGUUCAGCUGCAGUUGGUGCUUUGUUGGACAAAACUGGAUAUAUAGUCCAUUUUUCUGAAGUUAUAUUCUGAAUUUCUAUAUUCCUGUUCUCCAAUAUUAAUCAGCAAACUUUCUUAUGCCUGUUUUUUCUACUACUGUUUUACCUACAAAAUCUUCUGGAAUUGAAACGUUAAGUAUUUUAUAAAGAGGCUCUGUUGAUGAAGUCAGGUUAAUUGAGUAGCCAAUUUUUUCUUAACUCAACCUUUAAUGUAUGUGCAAAGCAUGCAAUGCCGUAUGGUCGAUCUAAAGUGUCAUUACACUUUUGGAAUUUGCAUAAUAUUAUGUUAAAUGAAUUCUGUUGUCACGUUUGUGUUGUUUUAUAUAUGUAUAUAGUUGUUUUGAAAAUUUUUAAUGUG